AUGGGAGACUUUAAUUCUUCUCUCAAUUUAGAAGAUAGUUUCUCGGGUGCCUCUUCUAUUAGUAUUGGUAUGCGUGAAUUUAAAGAUUGUGUUGAACGGAUUGAUGUAAUGGAUGUUAAUAGCACAGGCCCGGAUGGGUUCAAUUUAGUGUUCUUCAAGGAAUCUUGGAAUGUGGUGGGAAGUGAGGUGUGUAUGGCUGUCCAAGAAUUCUUUCGUAAUGGUAAGAUUUUAAGAGAACUUAAUCAUACAAUCAUUUCUCUUAUUCCCAAGGUGCCUACACCUAGUGGGGUGAAUGAUUACCGUUCUAUUUCUUGUUGCAAUGUCUUGUAUAAGUGUAUUAGUAAAAUCAUUACUAAUCGGAUUAAAGAUGCUCUGGAUGAUCUUGUGGAUAUUAACCAAUCUGCAUUUGUUUGUGGUCGAAGAAUAUCUGAUAACAUUCUUCUUACUCAAGAGCUCAUGCAUGACUAUCAUAGGAAAGUUGGCCCUCCUAGAUGUGCCUUCAAGAUUGACAUUUAG